GACUACAUAAAGAGUUCCUGAGUCUCUCGUCUGUGAGCAGUAUUCAACGGCAUGACAACUUAUGACAAAUCUGAGGCAUUGUCCAGCCGUGACAUCACCACAGUAACCAUUGCUGGGUGCUUCAACAACUUCCUGGAUGGCUCUCAAGCCAACCUUACUCUGCGAAGGGGCACACCCUACCCGAAUAAGGAAGACGUGGACGACCCUCUCGACUCUGACGAAACAUCUGCAGUACAGAUAUCUCCUCCGGUCGCUUUGCACUCCCCCGACGACGUACUGGAUCGCCCUUCUGUUGGCAAACUUCAUGCCCGCUUGUUGCUGGAAGAAAAACUCAUUGCGCAGGGCGAAUUUGGCAUCGUCAUGGAGGCCAAUAUCGACCUCUCAUCUUCUAGCCCUGAACUUGCUCGAAUGAAGCUCCCGCAUCUCGUCGCGACCAAAGAAGUACUACAAGAUUCCGAGAGAAGCGUUCUACUACGAGUGACCAUUCCUGAGGGAGUCAGAUUCAGACACUGGCCUGUGGAGAAAUCCCGUAUAGAUAAUUUUGAGCUAGAAACCUAUGGCGAACACUCAGACGAUGAGGAUCAUAUUGCGUAUCCACGUGUGCUCACCUUACUGCUUUUGGAAUGUCUCGGCAACCCUCCCUCGCGCCAGACUACAAUGGAUGAUCUGGAGAGUCUGAAGUCGCAGGCUUACGAAAUGUUCUCUGAACUGUCGCAUCUCUGCGUAAAGCAUGGCGAUAUUCACUCUCACAACAUUGUCAGGGCAGCACCGCGUCUGCCGGACUUCCCGAAUUUACUCUUUCCACGUCAUCAGAGAGUCUGAUUGGCGACUGAUUGAUUUCAGCCUCACACGUAAGACCGAUCUCCCUGAGUCUAUGCUGAAGAUCGAGAACUGGGGAAGCUUGAAUCAUUUGUUGCGUGACCUUGAAAUGGAGAUCAGGGUCUCAUCCAUAGAGUAGUAGGAUUCAAGCCUAUGCCUCGUGACCCCUGUAUGUUUCGUUCAUAUCUGAAUGGUCUUGUGUAUAUACAUCUGCAUCAUUUGAUGCCUGCACAUUACGCAGAAAUACAGUGUAUCAGUCUAU